AUGAGUUUCUGGAAGCCCCCUUGUGCUCCGGCUCCCAAAGCUAAAGAAGUUCUGGCUCCCAAAGCCAAAGAACCUCAGGGUCCCAAAGCCGAAGGAGCUCCGACUCCCAAAGGUGAAAAAGCUCCAGGUCCCAAAGCUGAGGAAGCUCCAACUCCCAAAGGUGAAGAAGCUCAGACUCCCAAAGCCAAAGAACCUGAGGGUCCCAAAGCCGAAGGAGCUCCAACUCCCAAAAGUGAAGAAGCUCCGGCUCCCAAAGCUGAAGCAGCUGUGGCUCCGAAAGGUGAAGAAGCUCCGGCUCCCAAAGUUAAAGAAGCUCAGGCUCCCAAAGAUGACGCAGCUCCUACUCCCAAAGCUGAAGAAGAUCCUACUCCCAAAGCUAAAGCAGGUCAGGCUCCCAAAAAUGAAGCAGCUCUGACUCCCAAAGCCGAAGCAGCUCCGACUCCCAAAGGUGAAGAAGCUCCAGCUCCUAUAGCUGAAGAAAAUCCGGCAAGCUCCGACUCCCAAAGCCGAAGCAGCUCUGACUCGCAAAGCUAAAGAAGCUCCGGCUCCCAAAGCUAAAAAAGUUGUGGCUCCCAAAGCCAAAGAACCUCAGGCUCCCAAAGCCGAAGCAGCUCUGACUCCCAAAGAACCUCUGGCUCCCAAAGCCAAAGAAGCUCCGGCUCCCAAAGCUAAAGAAGCUCCGGCUCCCAAAGGCAAACCGAAGCAGCUCAGGCUCCCAAAGCCGAAGCAGCUCCGGCUCCCAAAGCCAAAGAAGCUCCGGCUACCAAAGCUAAAGAAGCUCAGGCUCCCAAAGCUGAAGAAGCUCCGACUCCCAAAGCCGAAGCAGCUCCGGCUCCCAAAGCUAAAGAAGCUCUGGCUCCCAAAGCCAAAGAACCUCAGGGUCCCAAAGCCGAAGGAGCUCCGACUCCCAAAGGUGAAAAAGCUCAGGCUCCCAAAGCCAAAGAAGCUCCGGCUCCCAAAGCCGAAGCAGCUCCGGCUCCCAAAGCUAAAGAAGUUCUGGCUCCCAAAGCCAAAGAACCUCAGGGUCCCAAAGCCGAAGGAGCUCCGACUCCCAAAGCUCCAGCUUUCAAAGCCAAAGAACCUCAGGCUCCCAAAGGGGAAGCAGCUCCGACUCCCAAAGGUGAAGCAGCUCUGGCUCCGAAAGGUGAAGAAGCUCUGGUUCCCAAAGUUAAAGCAGCUCAGGCUCCCAAAAAUGAAGCAGCUCUGACUCCCAAAGCCGAAGCAGCUCCGAUUCCCAAAGGUGAAGAAGCUCCAGCUCCUAUAGCUGCAGAAAAUCCGGCGCCCAAAGCUAAAGCAGCUCCAGCUUCCAAAGCUAAAGAAGCUCCAGCAACCAAAGCUAAAGAAGCUCAGGCUCCCAAAGCUGAAGCAGCUCCGACUCCCAAAGCCAAAGAUGCUCAGGCUGCCAAAGCUAAAGAAGCUCCGGCUCCCAAAGCCAAAGAAGCUCAGGCUCCCAAAGCUAAAGAAGCUCCGGCUCCCAAAGCCAAAGAAGCUCAGGCUCCCAAAGCUAAAGAAGCUCCGGCUCCCAAAGCCAAAGAUGCUCAGGCUCCCAAAGCCGAAGCAGCUCCAGCUUUCAAAGCCAAAGAACCUCAGGCUCCCAAAGAUGAAGAAGCUCCGGUUCCCAAAGCCAAAGAACCUCAGGCUCCCAAAGCUGAAGCAGCUCCGACUCCCAAAACUAAAGAACCUCUGGCUCCCAAAGCCAAAGAAGCUCCAGCUCCCAAAGCUGAAGAAGCUCCAGCUCCCAAAGCUGAAGCAGCUCCUGUGCCCAACGCUAAAGAAUCUCAGGUUCCCGAAGCUAAAGAAGCUCCCAAAGCCAAAGAAGCUCAGGCUCCCAAAGCUAAAGAAGUUCCAACUCCCAAAGCUAAAGAAGCUCCGGCUCCCAGAGUUAAAGAAACUCAGACUCCCAAAGCCAAAGAAGCUCAGACUACCAAAGCUAAAGAAGCUCAGCCUCCCAAAGCUAAAGAAGCUCCGACUACCAAAGCCAAAGAAGCUCAGGCUCCCAAAGCCAAAGAAGCUCCCACUCCCAAAGCCAAAGCAGCUCAGGCUCCCAAAGCUAAAGAAGCUCCGACUCCCAAAGCUAAAGCAGUUCAGUCUCCCAAAGCUAAAGAAGCUCUGACUCCCAAAGCCAAAGAAGCUCCGGCUCCCAAAGCUGAAGAAGCUCCGACUCCCAAAGCUAAAGAAGCUCAGCCUCCCAAAGCUAAAGAAGCUCAGCCUCCCAUAGCUAAAGAAGCUCAGCCUCCCAAAGCUAAAGAAGCUCAGGCUCCCAAAGCUAAAGAAGUUCCGACUCCCAAAGCUAAAGAAGCUCAGGCUCCCAAAGCUAAAGAAGCUCAGGCUCCCAAAGCUAAAGAAGUUCCGACUCCCAAAGCUAAAGAAGCUCAGGCUGCCAAAGCUAAAGCAGCUCUGACUCCCAAAGCUAAAGAAGCUCCAGCUCCCAAAGCUAAAGCUCAGGCUCCCAAAGCUAAAGAAGCUCAAGCUCCCAAAGCUAAAGAAGCUCAAGCUCCCAAAGCUAAAGAAGCUCAGCCUCCCAAAGCUAAAGAAGCUCAAGCUCCCAAAACUAAAGAAGCUCCGACUCCCAAAGCUAAAGAAGCUCAGGCUCCCAAAGCUAAAGAAGUUCCGACUCCCAAAGCUAAAGAAGCUCAGGCUCCCAAAGCUAAAGCAGCUCUGACUCCCAAAGCUAAAGAAGCUCCAGCUCCCAAAGCUAAAGAAGGUCCUACUCCCAAAGCUAAAGCUCAGGCUCCCAAAGCUAAAGAAGCUCAAGCUCCCAAAGCUAAAGAAGCUCAGCCUCCCAAAUCUAAAGAAGCUCAAGCUCUCAAAGCUAAAGAAGCUCCGGCUCCCAAAGCCAAAGAAGCUCCGGCUCCCAAAGCUAAAGAAGCUCCGGCUCCCAAAGCCAAAGAAGCUCCGGCUCCCAAAGCUAAAGAAGCUCAGGCUCCCAAAACUAAAGAAUCUCUGGCUCCCAAAGCUAAAGAAGCUCAGGCUCCCAAAGCUAAAGCAUCUCCGACUCCCAAAGCUAAAGAAGCUCAGCCUCCCAAAGCCAAAGAAGCUCCGGGCCCCAAAGCUAAAAAAGCUCUGACUCCCAAAGCUAAAGCAGCUCCUGCGCCCAGUGUGUGA